CCGUGGUCGCCGCCUGUCACCCACUCCCGCAGCUGAAUGCGUGCGUUUUCAGAUUAUGGCGAAGCCGAGUGCCGUUGACAGCAACGGCAGCAUGGGUCAACUGGAAGCGGACGUGACCAACGCUAUAUGGCACGCUUUCGACACCCUCGGCGAUGGCAACUCGGGCAAAGCGGCCAAGUCUCGCCUCAAGGUGUUCACGUCAAGUUUAGGAACAGUCCUCGGUUACACGAGGGCAGAGGCUGCUCUGGAAGAAUACUGCAGUACGCAAGAACUACAGUUUGAACAAUACAUGGUGUACCUACUGAAGGAGCUUUUCCAAGGUCUCCCCAGCACUAUUGACCUCAAGACUAUUAAAAAAUACAGGGAUCACAUUGAAGAAGUGUGCUGGCUCGUCUGCAAAAAGAAAUACCUUGAUCGGGAGUUUGUCGCAUUUCCCGAGAAAUGCGUUGCACAGCUGUUUCGAGUGUUCUGCUUUUUGGGAGAGCUGCGGACAUCUCAGAAGGACAUGACAGAGGUCAUCAUGGUCGCGGAAGAAGUUGAAGAGGUGACAAGUACGUUCGUGAAGGCCUUAGGAAAAGAAUGGGACUCUCAGGAUUUUCGUCAGCUGGCCACUCUGCUGCCCGUUUUCCACUUCCAGUCUUUCUUGGCAUUUCUCGAAACUCGUUACACGGCAUCGUCUGAAUCGUGUGGCCUUGUUGAAGCUUGUGCAGAGGUGUACGACAUCUACGUGGGAGACGUCAUCAAAAAGGGACUGCUCAAAAAGAAAAUGUCCACCUUGGGCCUGUGGUGGGAGAUGUACUUUGUGCUGCGCCCUCACAGUUUCACCUACUUUGGCACCAAGGAAGGAAGCCGCAAGAGUGGCGAGAUUUGCAUCACAUCUCGCACACGGGCAGAGCCAGUCGGUGACUCCUCUACUCGGAAAGGUCAUCGUUUCCUUGUUACCACUGAUGACAAGUUUGUCGAGCUCUCGGCCUCCGAUUACAAGUCGAAGUUGCAGUGGAUGUCAGCCAUCCAGACAGCAGCACAGCACUCGUACACACAUCGCUCCUACCAGCGCCACCUGGCCAUCAAACGCCGGAACGAGAGGCAGGCCUGUCACACCAGGAAGCAGGAAGAGGAGCGACAGCGACUGCAGCACCUUGCACAGCUCGAGAAGGAGAAAGAGGCUCGCAGGCAGGCAGAAGAGCAGCUCAAAAGUGAGCACCAGAAACGACAAGAGUUGGAAGCGGCUCAGCAGGAACUCGAACGGAAGCUCGAGGAAGAGAGGCAGGCCAAGAGGGACGAGGAGAUUGUGCGGACAUUGCAGUCCAGGAUCUUGGCUGAGGAGUGGGAGAAGCGAGAGCAGUUGGAGCAGGAGAGAGCCGAGCAACAAAAACAACUGGAAGAGGAGUCUCGGCGCAGAGAGCACCUCGAGCAGCUGCGCCGCCAGAAAGACCGGGAGAUCAACUCCAUUGCUCAGAAGCUGUCAUCGUUGAAAACAGAAAAAGUACUGCUGAACUCGCAACUCGAGCAAACGCAGAAGAAACUCUCCGAGGCAGAAUUUACCAGCAAAACGCUGGAACGGAGGCUUCGGAAGGCCAAGAAGAAUCAGUCGCCGCUAAAACGUGCCGUGUCCGUGGACCUGACCGACUUCGUGAUGUCACCGACCAACAAGGUUUAGCUUAGCCACGCUGCAGAACCCACCUAAUCCUGCGAGGUUCUUUGUUCGCGUUUUCAUUCCAAGACUUUAGUCUUGUGAUUCACUCAGAUUUGUUGAGUGAUACAGUGCCAUUAGUAUCGUGUUCCUGUUGCUAAACACUCUGCCAAACCCGCAGGUAACUUUUACGUUGCUCUUAAAGAAUGGACCACACAUGGUGAGAUUUUAGUCAUGAUAUUAUGAGAUAUAUAAUUAUAUAGACAUAUAUAGUAAUGUUUGCUGCACUUUUGGUGUCAAGUUUGCAGCGUAGCAUCGACGCAUGUCUGAAGUGGCGGGACGCUCAGCCCUUUUUCCCGAAACGUCUUGUGAGACCAACGCAUGAGUACAGGGCAGCUUUGAUCAUGAAAACUGUUGGUUCUUUUAUCGCUGCUUUUUGUUGUUGCAUUGACGUAUCUUCAGUGUAAGUUUAUUAUACCAUAAAAAACAUAGUGGUACUAUCAUUUUCCAGGUGAAUUGUUCAUUCCUACCUUGGUAACUUUUGCCAACACUCGUGACUUGAAAACUCAAAACUCGGAACGCGUUAGGACUUAAUAGCACAGCAUAGCUACUCAUAAAUUUAGUGUAUGUUGUAAUUUGGGGGAUGGAGGGGCAGGGUGUGCGGCAGUGGCUAGUGUCAAACAAAGAUAUCGUCAUGGAGCUUCAAAUUUUUUAGAUUGCACGAAUCUCUUGGCAUGCCACAACUGCACAAAUCAUUCAGAAAACACUCUUCCUGUGUUAAACAGUGCAUUCUAUUUCAAGAACGCAGCCUUUCUUAGCUAUGACAAGCAUGUAAAAAAAAGCAUGGCAUCCAAAAGCAGUUCAUGGAAUGCUUCGUGUUAUUUACCGUAACUGCUAUAAGAAAUCUCUUUUCUGUGUAACAUCAUUGUUACACUAGGCCCCACUACUCACCGGUGUGUACAAGUGCCGUGCACGCAACCAUGUCUCGUCUCGCUUUUUCUUUUUUUUUUCAUGGAUCAAAGUGCUUGUUAUUGUUAUUGUCUUGAUCUGAUGCAAUCAAAGUAUUUUCUACGGCGUUCACAUUUUUAUUGCCUAACAAGGUGGGCCCGCAUUCAUUUCCUUAGCCAUCCGCAUGCCUUGACGAAAGCUGUUACAAAGGCCGUAAUGUCACCUUUUUCACUUUGGCUGCGCUUAUCGAUAGUACUACCGUACAUUGGCUCAUUUUAUGUGUGACGUGUCUUCUUUCUGCCAUAUCACUGAUGUCUGCCAUCCUAUUGUGUGUUACAGCGCUGUGAAAUAUGGUACUGUGCCAACCCUACUCGGCAUAUACCACUGUGUACUCUUCAAAUAACCAAUGAAAAAAGAUGAUGAGCCAGCCGAACAAAUUUAGCAACGUAUCAGUCUCCUUCUAAUCUCCAUCACAAGACCACUUGAGCAUAGGCUACUAGAAUCUGUUGUGCCUUACGGUUUAUUGGGCUUGAGCUCAAAGGCACAGUAUUCGCACCCCUCGAGCCAAGUGUGAAGUGUUAAUAUGAUUUUCUACAGGGUCAGUGUUUUUUGGUUAUGCAUAAGAGCAAGUUUUCAUUGAGCUUAGCUUUGACUUCGUGCAGGUAAUGCCGAGUAACUUCUAGUAACGCCAGAAUUUUUUUUAUCUUAUCUCAUUUGCAGGUUGCAAAUGGAAGGUUUUGCGGUAUGUUUUAUCCAUCUUAGUUCCUAAACUGCCAAGCUGAGUUUUGAUGAAUCUCUUGCACGCGUGUGCUUGGUUUUGCUCACUAAAAUCUGCACUGCACCAGCAAAUGUUUAACAAGAGUGUGUCAAAUGUUAUGUCACUUCAAAGUUUUUCAAGCUGCACCUUGUUAAUUUUUUUUAUGCUAAGUCGGUGCGAUGGCUGUGAUAGUCCUCCAUUAUUUUACAGCACAGGGCUUUAUGUGCUGGUAGCUUUUGCUGUAGGACUUGGUGUUUCGAGGAAACGUAUGUGUGUGUGAGUUGCUUUAACUGACGUGUGUUUUUAUGAGGCGCUCAGGCUGCUGUUUUGAUGUGUUUUAUUGACCCUACUUGUUGAUGUUUAUUUAGAGAUGUCAAAACCUGAGGUGACUUUUUAUACUCUUGUAUAUCGAAAUAAAUUAUUUUGUCAUAAUA